AAGAAGCAUCCCCGCCCGCCCGCCCAGCAGCUCCCUCACGGCCGUCCACCUCCCGCAGCAACCAUGUCCGUGGCGGGCUUGAAGAAGCAGUUCCACAAAGCGACGCAGAAAGUUAGUGAAAAAGUUGGUGGAGCGGAAGGAACCAAGCUAGAUGAGGACUUCAAAGAAAUGGAAAGGAAAGUGGAUGUCACCAGUAGGGCCGUGAUGGAAAUAAUGGCGAAGACAAUUGAAUAUCUUCAACCCAAUCCAGCCUCCAGAGCCAAACUCAGCAUGCUCAACACCAUGUCUAAAAUUAGAGGCCAAGAAAAAGGACCCGGUUAUCCUCAGGCUGAAGCCCUGCUUGCAGAUGCCAUGCUAAAAUUUGGGAAAGAACUCGGAGAAGAGUGCAAUUUUGGCCCAGCUUUAGGUGAUGUUGGAGAAGCAAUGAGGGAGUUAUCUGAGGUGAAGGAUGCUUUGGAUAUUAAUGUGAAGCAGAAUUUCAUUGAUCCAUUGCAAAAUCUCCAUGACAAAGAUCUGAGGGAAAUACAGCACCAUCUUAAAAAAAUGGAGGGCAGACGCCUAGACUUUGAUUACAAGAAGAAAAGACAAGGCAAGGUCCCAGAUGAUGAGGUCCGCCAAGCUCUGGACAAGUUUGAUGAGUCCAAAGAGAUUGCUGAAUCCAGCAUGUUUAAUCUGCUGGAGAUGGAUGUUGAACAAGUGAGCCAGCUUUGUGCAUUAGUACAAGCCCAGCUGGAAUACCACAGGCAAGCCUCAGAGAUUCUCCAACAAGUUAGUCUCAAGCUGGAAGAAAGAAUAAAAGAAACAUCGAUUCAGGCCAGAAGAGAAUAUCAGCCGAAGCCCCGUAUGACCUUGGAAUUAAGUGACAAUAAUCAGCACAACGGAGGGCUCUCUAAUGCUACCACUCCUAAGCCUUCAGGUGGUGUGGCUAUGGAUCAGCCGUGUUGUCGAGCUCUGUAUGACUUUGACCCUGAAAAUGAAGGGGAGCUCGGUUUUAAAGAAGGCGAUGUCAUCACCCUCACUAACCAGAUUGAUGAUAACUGGUACGAAGGCAUGAUUCAUGGGCAGUCUGGCUUCUUCCCCAUCAAUUAUGUGGAAAUUCUUGUUCCUUUGCCUCAUUAGGGUAGCCCAUCCAUCCUAUCAAAAUUACUGUUUCUCCUAAAUAAUAUUUUAAAAAAAUAAUUUGUUGGUACCACUGCUUUUGAAAAAGAUUAAGAAAUCAAUAAAUGAAAUGGCUGCUUAUUCCACAUCACAACUACAAACUGCAUCGGCCCCACAGAUAAUAUUUGAUUUUUGUGUCACCCUGCUGCAGAGUGGUGAUGUGUGAUAUUUUCUUAAGGCAUUGCAGCUGGACACAUGGGAUGUCCAGGUUAUUCCUUUGGUCGCUACAGAGAUGUCUAUGCAGUGUUGGGGGUGAGAGAGUGUGGCAAUUAAUGGUGCAACUCGGUCUUAAUAUUGUGGAAAGAAAGCAGCUGAGUGAUUGGGGAAGAUAAAGCAUAUCGCCAUUCUAUCAUUAUUUUCUUCUCUUUCUACAAAGAAGAGGAGGGGGGAAAAAAACACAUCCUUGGGCAUUCCAUCUUUCCCUAGCCAAACAGUGUGGUUCAUGCAGGCCUAAUUAUUGCUAACAGGCUUUUUCGUGUUGUCUUAUCUCAGAAAUGAUUGAGUGCUGGAGAAACUGCGAAAUGUAUAUUCCAGUUGCUUUACACAUAAGCCACCACUGCGCUGUAUUUGCUAUAUUCCAGCUGUGGCGGAAGGUAUCUGGGAAUCUAUUAGUAGAUUUUUUUUGGUGCGUGUGGACAAUUGUGUUUUAAUUCACAAUUGUUUAACACUAGCAACAACAACAAAAAAAAUCCUGCCUAAAAGUUGCUGACGUGAGGAGAAUUGAGGGUACCCAGCUGUGAUUUUAAAGUGAAAGGGACCUACCAAUUGCUAGUGUUCAGAACAAAUUCUUUUGCUUAGUGUGCUCAGAGGCGCCUUAUUUUUUUUGUUUUGUUUUGUUUUAAUUCUAAAUGUAUUAGCUCUUACCUGGCUCUGGUUGGUGAAUCUGGGGUUCUAGUUAAAAUAAUAAUAAUACUAAACUUUUUAGUCUGCCAGCCCCAUUUUAAAUUGUUAAUUCAAGAGCUGUUCAAUAUCCAGGUUACUUAAAGGCUUUUUAAUAGCAUCCAAAAGUUAAAGCAGGAAAUACUAACUUUGGAGGGUAGCCUAUGUGCUUGCUUAGAAAGCUUAAAUAUUAAAAGCACAAUGCCAGCAGAAGUCAAUCAUACUUGGAGAAAACAUUUUAAAAACAACGUUCAACUGUUUUACCUUGUGUAAAAUUUAGGCACAAGAAGUAUAAUUUUAAAACGUCAUGAGCCCUUUAUUCUAUAUAUUUACUAAUAGUAAUAAGCAACAUACACCAUGUAGUUUUAUUUUCAUCUACCUUGUGUUCUUUGAACAUCAUUUAUGUAUAUUCUGCCCUCAGUGAGGACUAAAUAAUAACAGAUUUUUUUUGUGUGUGUGUGCUUAGGAAUUACAGUGACACAUAGUUACAUACACAAAACACAUUUCAAUUAUUUUUCUCUCCAUACUCUCCUCUAUGCAUUUAUGUGCCACUUCCUCCAGUUGGGGUGUAAAAUGUUGUCUAGCUGGUUCAUUGUUGUUUCAUUUGAAUUACCCAGAAUUCUGUUUCUCUAUAUAAAUCUGUAUAUAAACCUUCUUGUGCUGCUUCAGAUGUGCCACUUCAGUAUUGGACCAUGUGAAAUGAAGGCAGUCCUUUUGCUUUUCAUGUAUAAACUAUACCAUGAACAGUGUUGUUCUUUCAAAUAAAAAUGCUGAUUGACAAGCCACAA